UUUCGACCACAUGCAUAAAAGCCAGAACACCGAGCUUACGGCUAUACUACUCUGAGAACGCUCGAUCUCAUCUGAUCUCGGAAGCAGCCAACAAACUCAACACGUCGCGCAUCAAACUUCUCAAUCACGCAACCAAAUCGAUCUAAUUCAUCCACUUCAGAAGAAACACAUUAGCGAUUCAACAAACUCUCUAGAAGAAAAUAUUGAAAGACCUACAGAAAUGGAAAAGGCGAGCAUAAACCAGCAGGAGCUUCAGGCCAUUAAGAACCUUAUGCUACUCAGCAACACUCACAAAAAUGUCAGUGUUGAAAACCAGCUUCUGGCACUUAAAGAAGUGAACACCAGACAAAAUCUGGAAAUCCGAGGCCUGAAAUGCAAAAUCAGCAGCAUGGAGAAAAGCUUUCGCUUAAUGGAGGAAAAACUUUACAAAGUGGAAAACGAGUUGAACAAAGACCCAAAGCCCACAGCAAAGAGAACUGGAUCAGACAUGUCACCACCCAGGAAAGCUCAAAAGCCUCGACUUGAUGCUGCUUCAGCUGAUCCUGUAAACACAACACACACAACACAAUCUCUCAUCUCCAGUGCAUUAGAAACACUACAAAAGUCCUGUUCUGAUGUUUUACCUACAGACAGGAUUCAUGCACUUCUCACAGGAACAAGUGAACUUCCUGUUUUGAGAGAUGAAGAGAAACACGUCAUUUCUGAGUUUUGUGUAAACGAGUCCUUAGCAGAGACGUUUCUGUCGGUGAUUUUGAAGAAGAUCAAGGUGGAGAGAGGGUUUAUGGGACAUGAUCUCCUGCAGUCUCUCUGUAGGGUUUAUGUAGGCGUGUGUCAACAGAGAGGAGACUCUCACAAAGCACAUGCUCUCGCCUACAGACUCCUUAAAGAAGGUGAUCUCCUGUGUAUGGCUCAUUGUAGGUCAUUCCAUAGGUUUUGGAUUGGGUUGAGCUUCUUCACAGAGGACAGAAGCUUCUGCCCAGCUGAAGAAAAGCAGCUCCAAAGCAUAGUGCUGCCCCCACCAUACCACCAUGUUGAUUUUCUUAAAGCCCCCAAAGUGAUUAUGGGCAUGGUGACAGCAUGGCCAAGUUUUUUGUCCCAUGAAAGUUCUUUAUGCCGAGCAAUUCACAUAGUGAGCAACCUGAAAGCAAAGGGAAAGAUAUUUCACUUGCUCACCAAGUAUCUGCACUGGGAUGAGGAGCCUCCGGGAAACAUCUACAAUGCUAUCACCAGCACCCUGAAGUCUUUUCUGGAAGACAGCAGUCUGAGGUUCCUGGAGAACAGCUGGUAUGGUUAUGAUCUCUGCCCUGCUACCUGGAACUACAUCUUCAGCCUGGAUCUUCUGUGUGCACAACUGGGCUGGACUUGGACCAUUACCAAUAUUAUACGGAAGGAUCUUUGGCUGAUCCUGAACACUUGGCUGAGGCAAGCAAGAACAGAGCAAACACCGUUCCGAGACGUCUGUGUAGCAGCAGUUUUCAGGCUACUUGGGCGACUUGGUCAACUAGGACUUAAGGAGAACCUGCUAAUGUCAUUUGAAAAUCUGGCAAAAAGCAUAAAUCAGUUUGGAAUGCAAAACUUCUCAAAAGGUAUGCCAUGGGAAGUGCAGCUCUCAGUCAUCUAUGCCACUCAUGAUCUGGCACCCAGCAACCCUGAAGCAGCUCUGAAGACAUUGGAAUCAUGGAGGAAAAACAGCACACAGCCCGUUCCCCCAGCCGUCAUCAAAUGCAUUACGCAAAUCAGCUUCCUUUGUCAUCAGACCAAGUCACAAAACUCUAAGAAACUACUGUAGUGAUUAUUAUAGUGAGCACUGCAUCCCCCAGGUCUGUAUCCUCAGUCACCAGCUGUUCACACUGUGAAUCAUGACUGUGCUGCAAUGCACAGCUCCAAUCAUCAAGUUUAGCAGUGACAUGACCAUCAUGAGUCUCAUCAACAAGAACGACGAGACGCUUUCAGACAGGAAAUGCAGUGGAUAAUGGACUGGUGCUGACUCAGCAAUCUUUGUGUUCAGCUGUGGAGAACCUCAUCUGGUCUCACAAAGCCACCAGCAUUGUGGAUGACCACAUACACCCUUUAUACAUUAUUGAUUAUAUCAGUGGCGGGACGUGCAUUUGGUACCUGGGCCUUCAGUGGGGACUUACCCGACUUAAUCCACCUCUUAAUACCAC